CCAUUAUCUGCCUUCUCAAGAAAGAUGUCGACCACUUAUAUCCAAGGUUCAUCAACCAAUGGAUUACCUACUAAUCAUUCAACUGGAUUGUAUCCUCAAAUUGAAGAACAUCAAGAUCCUAAAAAAAGAAAGAUUGUCUAUUAUUUAUUAAACCAUCCAACGGCUCCUUUCAUCUUACGAAUCUUUAAUUUUAUUUUUAUUUCUGUUAGUUUGGCUCUUUGUGUGAAGAUUAGAAAAGUAGAAGAACGACUUGGGUUGAGUGGUUUGAUUGGUAAUUCAACGAUUUAUAUUAUUGUCAUUGCUCCUUGUAGUAUGUUACAUAUCCUUUUUUCGAUUUAUUUUGAAUAUUUUGGUGCACCAAUAGGAAUCUGGAGUGUUAGUUGGAAAAUGUUUCAUACUUUAUCAGAAUUAGUUUCGAUUUCAUUAUGGUCAGCAGCUUUAGCGAUCUCCUUCGAUAACGGUCUAACAUCCGAUUUAGGUUGUAUUACUGGAAUUGAAGAUCAUCAGUUCUUUCAAAAAGACCGACAGAAACUCAUUCAUGUUUGUGAACUUCAAGCUGGUUUGGUUUGUUUGAUCUUUUUGGGUUUGGCUUCUUAUUCUUUAGUAUUGGUGGUUAGUUUGUUUAGGAUCUUUAAUAAGGUUUCUAGGAAAGCUUAAAAUCGAUUUAUUUAGAUUACUUUAUUUUUAUUUUACAUAACCAAUUGACAAUUUUAAUUUCUUUAGGUCUUUUUUUUAUUUUUAUUUUUUGGUCCUUUUGAUCUUCAUCUUGCAUUCUUAUGGUUUUUUUUCUACUCUACACAUCUAUUUAUUAAGACUUCAUCUAUCAUCAUCACAAAUUUAUGAAACCUUUUUGAUCAUUUUUUUAUUAUUAUUAGAUUUCUUUUACUUUUGAAAUUAAUUUAUCAAUGCAUUUGUUCUGUAAAUGAUAGGUUAUUUGUUUGCAUUUGGUUUGUUUUUCGGGAGGGGACGGAAAGUAGAUGGGGUUUUCUUUGGUUUAACUUGUAUAAUUUUGAUUUAUAUCUCUUUAUUUUUGAUCUUUGCAUGGUACUUUUUUUUCUUUUUUUUUGAAGUUUUCGAUAUUUCUUAUGAAAGUUUUUUUUUUGGAAUUAUGAAUCAUUUGAUUAUAUUGAUUUGGUUUAC